AUGCUCGCCAACGCGGCCACCAUGCGGAUCCUCAUCAAGGGGGGGAAGGUGGUGAACGAUGACUGCACGCUGGAGGCGGACGUCUACAUCGAGAACGGCAUCAUCCAGCAAGUGGGCCGCGAGCUCAUGAUCCCCGGCGGGGCCAAGGUCAUCGACGCCACCGGCAAGCUCGUUAUCCCAGGCGGCAUCGACACCAGCACCCACUUCCACCAGACCUUCAUGAACGCCACCUGCGUGGAUGACUUCUACCACGGCACCAAGGCAGCCCUGGUGGGAGGGACGACGAUGAUCAUCGGCCACGUCCUGCCGGACAAGGAGACCUCGCUGCUGGACGCCUACGAGAAGUGCCGCAGCCUGGCCGACCCCAAGGUCUGCUGCGACUACGCCCUGCACAUGGGCAUCACUUGGUGGGCGCCCAAGGUGAAGGCGGAGAUGGAGACGCUGGUGCGGGAGAAGGGAGUGAACUCCUUCCAGAUGUUCAUGACCUACAAGGACCUGUACAUGCUGCGGGACAGUGAGCUCUACCAGGUCUUCCGGGCAUGCCGCGACAUCGGGGCCAUCGCCCGGGUCCACGCCGAGAACGGCGAGCUGGUGGCUGAGGGAGCGAAGGAGGCGCUGGACCUGGGCAUCACGGGGCCGGAGGGCAUUGAAAUCAGCCGGCCCGAAGAGCUGGAAGCCGAGGCCACGCACCGCGUCAUCACCAUUGCCAACAGGACCCACUGCCCUGUCUACCUGGUGAACGUCUCCAGCAUGUCCGCAGGGGAUGUCAUCGCCACUGCCAAGAUGCAAGGGAAGGUGGUGUACGCGGAGACGACCACGGCACACGCCACGCUCACCGGGCUGCACUACUACCACCAGGACUGGUUCCACGCCGCCGCCUACGUCACCGUGCCGCCGCUGCGCCUGGACACCAACACCUCCGCCUACCUCAUGAGCCUGCUCGCCAAUGACACGCUGAACAUCGUGGCCUCCGACCACCGGCCCUUCAGCACCAAGCAGAAAGCCAUGGGCAAGGAGGACUUCACCAAGAUCCCCCACGGCGUCAGUGGGGUGCAGGACCGCAUGAACAUCAUCUGGGAGCGAGGCGUGGUCGGGGGCAAGAUGGAUGAGAACCGCUUUGUGGCCGUGACCAGCUCCAACGCCGCCAAGAUCCACAACCUGUACCCCCGCAAGGGCCGGAUCAUCCCUGGAGCCGACGCCGAUGUCGUGGUCUGGGACCCCGAGGCCACCAAGACCAUCUCGGCCAGCACCCAGGUGCAGGGGGGGGACAUCAACCUGUACGAGAACAUGCGGUGCCACGGGGUGCCCCUGGUCACCAUCAGCCGCGGACGCGUGGUCUACGAGAACGGCGUCUUCAUGUGCGCCGAGGGCACCGGCAAGUUCUGCCCGCUCCGCUCCUUCCCGGACUCCGUCUACAAGAAGCUGGUGCAGCGGGAGAAGCCACCGUGGCACUGCCCUGCGCCGGACAGGACCGAGCCACGCGCCACGCUCGGCCAGGAGCGGGGCUGGCUGCGUCCCACGUCCUCGGCUGCGGCGCUCCGUGCUGCCCACGCUCACUGUGGCUCAGCGCUGGCUGGGCCAGGGCUGGCAACCUCGGGCGAUGCUCCCUGCCGGCAGCCCACUCGGUGCUCCCGCCGGUGCGGCACGAGGCACCGGUACUCGCCCACCGCGUGCGGCGCAGCCGAGGCGGGAGCGGGGCUGCGGGACGCGGAGCGCCCGCCGUCCCCACGGUGCUGGCGGAGGGCUGGGAGCCGGGACCCCGUGGGGGUGCCAGGGAGACCAUCGCGCUCUUGCCCCAGCGCCGGCGGCCCUCAUGCCCGUCCGUCCGUCUGUCCGGCAGGUUCUCAGAUCGAUGACCACGUUCCAAAGCGAGCUUCGGCCCGGAUUCUCGCUCCCCCCGGAGGCCGGUCGAGCGGCAUUUGGUAG